GCGGCGCCUUUGAUUGAGUGCUUUGUCGUCUGCAGCUGCACACGCGCAUCACGUUUCACAUCUGGACAAAGCAGAUGUUGCGCUUUUGGGAGCUCGUGCUGUUUCCGCGAUGUCAUUGUUUCCGUUUCCACCUCCGAAGCAGCCACACGCCUCCUCACAUCUCCGAGUUUUAUCCCAAACUAACCCUCCGUUUAGUUUGUCUGAGGUUAGAAACAAACAAACAAACAAACAAUGGGAGACAUCGAGGCUCCCACCUCCGGCCGCGAGCGCCAAAGUGUUUUAUUUUCUAUUCUUCCGAGCAAAGAGUUCGCCUCUUCGAGGAAAGGAAUGCUGCUUAUUGCUGAAGUGGCUCUUUCCUUCAUAUCGUUUGUGUGUUUCGCCGCGUCCACAGCAGCAGCCUUUGUGACAGCGCCGUUGCUAGAGCUGCUGGCAGCUUUGUUCCUGUUGUUCGCGUACUCCACCAAAUUCAACGAGAGGUUCAAAAGCUUCCACUGGCCUCUUAUGGAUUUCCUCAGAUGUGUGAGUGCCUCCAUCAUCUUUUUUAUCAUCUCCAUAAUUGCAGUGUCCAAAUAUUUGGAUGGAUCCUCCAAAGCUGCUGGGAUAUUUGGCUUCAUUGCGACCAUCGUUUUUGCUUUUGACUUUUACAUCAUUUUUAACGACCUUGCAGAUUUUCUCAAACAAGGAGGGGAAACCACUGAGGAGCCAUCGAGGCCGCGAG